CCAUCGACUCUUUUGAUAAACCCCCUAUUCAUAGACGAUGAUUACUCUGGACUCCCCUCCGCCAACGGGUAUGAUGCUGGGCUCUAUUCCCAGAAUUUGCAAUCCACCAGCCCAUACAGUUCACGAUCGCCCGUGAGCGCCUCUUCGUACGCACGCUCAGGAUAUUACAACUCGAACCAAAUGAUCGCUCCUCACGUGCCCACAUACUCACAGCCAGAUCUUGGAGCACCAUCUGCCUAUGCUCUGACGACAGCAACAACAACAACAACAACAGCAACUAAUCACAAUACCAACUACAUCCCCAAUCAUCCACAGGCCGUUGCGCCCUCAUCCUAUAUGCCACAGCCUCACCCGAGCACAAGCCUGAGUGCUGGCCUUCCCCUCAGCAGCUAUAAUCCCUAUGCCAGUCUACUCAACAAGGCCAACCUCAAGUUCACUGGGAACAUGGACGACAUGGCCAUCAACUGGUCUGCAGAAGAGUGGGAAUCACAUCGCCGCCUGGUCCAAUUCUGGAGACGACAGGAUGGCAAUGACAUCCAUUGCACAUUCGCACCCGUGGCCCCUGCUGACCGUCAGCCCAACAGCAUUGUGAUCUCUUGCAUUUACUGGGCAGAGAAGAACGAUUGCUUCUUGACUUCGGUCGAUUGUAUCUACUUGCUCGAGUCUCUGAUUGCGGUCCGCUUCACGGUCGAGGAAAAGAACCGGAUCCGUCGUAAUCUCGAGGGCUUCCGACCCAUCACAGUUUCCAAAUGCAAACCCGAGAGUGCCGAGUUCUUCAAGCUCAUCAUGUCUUUCCCAAACCCGAAGCCUAGGAACAUUGAGAAGGACGUCAAGGUGUUCCCGUGGAAGGUUUUGCCCUAUGCGCUCAAGAAGAUCAUCAGCAAGUACACGGCAUCGUAUAGUUCAACCGCCAGUAUCCAGACGGAUGCUUUCCAUAACGCCAAUUUCCCUCAUGGUUCAACGUUGCCAAUGACUCCGCAGCAGCAAAGUGUGAUUGAAUCAUCAAGCAUCAUUGCGUAACUUUAUUAUCUUUUUU